CGGCCACCCUUCGCCUGUUGGGGGUGGGGUCCUCUUUGCGUCACGUGCUGUGGUGGGCGGGGCUAGCAGUCGCAGCGAGUGCGAAGCGCUGAGCGCGCACGUGCGUUUGAGUCCCGGCCCGGGCCACGCGACGCAAUGUCCUACUGCCGCCAGGAAGGUAAGGACCGCGUGAUAUUUGUGACAAAGGAGGAUCAUGAGGUGCCCAGCCAAGCCAAGCUCAAGGAGGACGAGCCGGACCCUUACGAUGAACAGGGCCUCAUCCUGCCUAGCGGGGAGAUAAACUGGAACUGCCCGUGCCUGGGUGGCAUGGCGAGCGGGCCGUGCGGCGACGCCUUCAAGUCAGCCUUCUCCUGUUUCCACAAUAGCAAGGAGGAGAUGCGCGGUGCCGACUGCAUCGACCACUUCCGUGACAUGCAGGAGUGCAUGCAGCGCUACCCGGAGAUCUACCCGCAGGACGACGACCCCACCACCGCCCUCGCAAAUGACGACCUUGACAUUCCGGUCGCCCCCGAGGGUUCAGCAAACCGGCACGAAAACGCACCGAAAGGCGAGCAGGGCGGCGAGCUGGCCACUACUGAGUCGCCAGCCAUGAGUGAGGUCCCGGAGAGCGGGCACGGGGAGGUGGCAGCCGCCACAGUCACUGAUCGUGCGACGACCGCGGGUCAGAGUUAACGGGCAUAUCACGCGCGUAGCUGUGCAGGAGGAGGGCUUCCCGUGGCAUCGCAUACCCAUGCCUACUUGACUCUUCCUUUUUUAUUUUGCGACCUGCUUUGCGUCGUCGUUGUUUGAUGUAAACGAUGCCAAGUGGUGAGUUUUAAGCAGGUGAAAAGAUGAAUUCCACGUGUGAUUUUGUCCGUAAACGGCAUCGCCUGUUGGGCGGUCAUGAUGCACCGUUGAUCGAUACGAGCUGUGUAUAAAGUUGUAUUUAUACAUCUCAGAGCUAAGGCCAACGGAGUCGUGAAGACCCAAACGCUUAAAUUAGAAGUCAAAGCCCACUCUCGGUUCAUGCUGUGAUUCGCAUGUUCUCUUUGUGUGUGACGCGUAGAGACGUGAUCUUCAAGCGUUGCACCCAUUUGUGAUGCUGGUACAUGUUUGGAGACAUCGUUUCUCACCAUGUGGGUGAUUAGCACAGUUGGCUACUUACAGUGCGAAAGAAUUUCAACAUACAUUCAUACGAAUUAAAUGCACUGAUCUUGAACACCGAACGUUUCGCUUGCCGGUGGAGUUCAUCCCCAACGGCCCUCGUCUUGUCUAAAUAAACGUGUAACAAAUA